AUUACUACAUAUUUGUAUAAAAAAAUGAAAAUAUAUUCAACAAAAAAUCAAUAAGUGCUUAUUAAAUUCUACAAAAGAAAUACAACUAAUAGCGUAAUUAUGAGCACUAUUAGCCAUAAAAAUCUACAAGAACUAUGUCGUGCAUGUUUGAGGAGUCUAAAACACAACAAUCUAAAUACAAGCGAAAGUAGUAAUUUUGCUGAUAGUGAAUGUAAUGCUGGAACAUCUAGUUUAAAUAGUUUAUUAUUGCCCAAUUUGUGUAAAUUGUUCAUGUUCCUAACCUCGUAUGACGUGAAUAAUGAAUAUGACGACUUUCCGAAACGUUUAUGUGAGUGGUGCUAUAGUCGUCUAUUGGAUUACGAUGAAUUCCGGAAGUCGGCCGUAAGAAGUACAGAAAUGUUGUAUGAAAAAUGGAAUACCAGCAGGACGGAAGAAUCAGAACCAGUGGAUGACAGUAGAGAAGCAAAACCAUGCAUUCAACUGCUUCAAAACAUUAAGGAUGAGGAGAAUGUGGAGGAGAAUGAUGAUGAUAAAUUGCUUUUGCCGGAAUUGGCCAAUAUGCCUUUGUAUAUUAAACCUGAACCAGUUUUUGAAGCAAUGGAUACCCAGUUUAUAUUACCAUCUUACCUUGAGGAAGGUGAAGUUAAUACCGAUCAAAUAUCAUAUGAAUCCUAUGAUACCGAAGAAGAUGCCGAUGAUGAAGAGCUACUACUACCGAACGGCGCUGCAAAUAAUUCCAGUCCUUCUAUUAACAGCUCCGAAGGAAAGGUAGUACUGUCCAAAAGAGAUCGAGAUCGAAAGUCGCUACACUGUAAUGCCUGCAAUAAACAGUUCUACAAACAGGUUUAUUUGGAUGCCCAUGUUCGGGGAACUCAUUUGGGACAGGAGAAGCCAUUUCAAUGUUCAAAUUGUACCAAAGCAUUUACACGUUACAAUCAAUUGUUUCUCCAUAUCAAAUCGAAGCAUAUCGAAAUGCUUUUCCGUUGUGAUUAUGAAAAUUGUGAUGCCUCUUUCGCCGUUGCCAUCAAGUUGAAGAUGCAUCGCCAAGUCGCUCAUAAUUCCUCAGAAGAACUUAUUCAGCAAGACUACCAAGAAGAAGAAGAAUAUGAAGAAGCAGAGCCUGACAAUUUGGAACUUGAAAUGGAUCAUAUUUGUUACUUGUGCAGACGUAAAUAUAGUUCUAAACGUGCCCUUAGAGAGCACAUAAAAAGACACAAAAAGAUCAAAGAACAUGUUUGCAAAGAGUGUGGUGUGGCAAAAGUAACACGUACCGAGUUAGUUACCCAUAUGCGCACACAUACACCCAACUUGGAGAAAUUCCCUUGUCCUCAGUGUCCUCAAGUAUUUAAUCAUAAAAAUGCUAUAUCACGUCACGUUAAAGUCAUCCACGAAGGCCUCAGACGGUUUCCCUGCAACUAUUGCCCCAAACGUUUUGGAACGCGAAAUUCUCAAGUUUGUCAUGAACGUUUGCAUACUGGCGAACGACCAUUCAUUUGUGAAAUUUGCGAAAGAGGUUUUGUGCAACCCGAGGGUCUUAGGUCUCACAUGAAAAAUCAUAAUAAAAAUUUACGCAAACACGUUUGUAAAUAUUGUUCACAACGCUUUAUAACAUUGAAAAAUCUUGUGGAUCAUGAACGGCGACAUUUAGGCGAUAAACCACAUAUUUGUAAUAUAUGCAGCAAAGGUUUUUAUAGCGAAACAGAUUUAAAGAAUCAUCGCAGCACACAUUUAGAAGCAGCAGCUGGCUCAGAUCAACUAGAAAUUGCUGUCGAGAAUGAAUCAGAAACAUUUUUAUAGAGUAAAAGGAUGCAAAUUUGAUGGCACAGUUAAUAUAUUAACAUCCAACUUAAUUGAAUUUGUUGAUUGUAUGGCAAAUGGGUGUUUUAAAUUCAUAUAUCUAACCCUUAUGUAAUUGUUUAAAAUAAUGUAAUAUUUAUGAAAUAAAUAAUAUAACAAAUAAAUGUAUAAAAUGGUA